CUGGCCUUCGCGUUUCCUGUCCCGGCGGAGGAGGUUUGGCCCCGCGGCGCCGCCGUCUCGCAGCAGCUGCGCUGAACAUCAUGGCGGCGUCUCUCUCAAUGUCAGCGGCGCUGAGGGGCCUCGUCGCCAGGAGCGGUGCGGCCGCGGUCCGCCCGCCGCCGCCCAGGUCACUGAGCACUUCCACAUGGCGGCUGGCGCAGGACCAAACUCGAGACACGCAACUCAUCACAGUUGAUGAAAAAUUGGAUAUUGCUACUUUAACUGGUGUUCCAGAUGAGCACAUCAAAACCAGAAAAGUUCAUAUUUUUGUUCCAGCACGUAAUGCAAUGCAGUCAGGAGCUAACAAUACAAAGAAAUGGAAGAUGGAAUUUGAUAACAGGGAGCGCUGGGAGAACCCUUUAAUGGGCUGGGCAUCUACAGCUGAUCCUUUAUCCAACAUGGUUCUUACUUUCGCUACUAAAGAAGAUGCCAUUGCUUUUGCUGAAAAAAAUGGCUGGAGUUAUGAUGUAGAAGAGAAGAAGAUGCCAAAACCUAAAUCCAAGUCUUACGGUGCAAAUUUUUCUUGGAACAAAAGAACAAGAGUGUCUACAAAAUAGGGCAGUGUUGGCAGUUGAAGAGCAAAGGAUGGGUAUAACUCAAGACUGUUCUGUAUAGAUGUAUAUUAUAUAACUACUUUCGAAAUUAAUACUGUCAUUAUCCCAGAAUGACUGGGAUAGAAAGCACAGAGUUUUGUUUUGGUUAUGGAGCAGAUUUAGUCCAAAAGAUUAAUAUUGUGUUUGUUUCUCUGUGAUGUUCUUGAAAAGUGAAGCUAAGCCAGUUAAACAUUCACAAAUGAAGUCAGAAUACUUGUGCCUCGCGCAGUAUCAGCAUAUACUAAUUACGUAAUUACAGUUCUGGGUGAUUUAUUGCUGGUUACAUGUUUAUCUGAAUUGAGGUUUCCUGUUGCUUAACAGGAGAUGUGGUGAUAGCAUCUCAGCCUUAACAGCAAGUAUAUAUUCUAACCUCAAUUUGUCUUAAAUGGUACUAAAUUACUAGUUUUA